GGCUCCCAGCCAUCACAUCCCGGUCCAAAAUCCCCAACAUCUCUUCCGUGUUCGAGCGACCGAGCGCAGCGGCCAUGUCGGGGCGCGGCAAGGGCGGCAAGGGGCUGGGCAAGGGCGGCGCGAAGCGGCACCGCAAGGUCCUCCGCGACAACAUCCAGGGCAUCACGAAGCCAGCGAUCCGGAGGCUGGCCCGUAGGGGCGGCGUGAAGCGCAUCUCGGGUCUCAUCUACGAGGAGACCCGCGGCGUGCUCAAGAUCUUCCUGGAGAACGUUAUCCGCGACGCCGUCACCUACACGGAGCACGCCCGCCGCAAGACCGUCACCGCCAUGGACGUCGUCUACGCGCUCAAGCGCCAGGGCCGCACCCUCUACGGCUUCGGCGGCUGAAGCGCGCCGCCGCAGGGUGGCCGUGGCAAAAGUCUUGGGUCGCGGUCAAGAAAUCGUGGUGGAGACGAGAGUGUUCUGGUUCAUGCGUUUUGUUGCUUAGUGUUGUCGGUAGUUCUGGUUGUUGCCGCACUGCAAGGUUCAUCGGCAUUUGCUUGCGUGGUCUGAACUCGUAAUAUGUGCAUCCCGUGCUUUGCCUCAUUUGCUUGUGUUCUUGACUUCUAAUAUGUGAAUCGGCGCCUUGCCUUGUUAUAGUGUUCUAGAAUUAA